AUGGAGUUUGAUAUUGAGGAAGAGGCAAAUGAUUUUUACAAUGCAUAUAGUGGUCGAAUUGGUUUUAGCAUCCGGAAGGAGUAUGGCAAUAAAGUUAAUGGAAGAAUUACAUCAAGGGCGUUAGUUUAUAGCAAGGAAGGUGUGAAGGGGACUGAUAAACGGGAUGUAUUUAGAAAGACUCCCCGGGCUGAAACACGAACAAAUUGUGGUGCACAAAUGGUUCUUAGAUAUGACAAGACAAAGGCAAAGUACGUAGUUUCUAAAUUUGUAAAAAGUCAUAACCAUCCAUUCAUAAUUGUUGAAUGCAGCCACAUAAUGCCGUCUCAGCGACGAAUUUCCUCAGUCCAGGCCAUUGAUAUUGAGUUGGCUUCGGAUUCAAGAGUUCCGGCUUGUAAUGCAUAUGAGUUGAUGGGAAGGCAAUCUGGUGGCAAAGAAUCAGUUGGAUACUUGGAAGUGGAUCUUAAAAAUUAUCUAAGGACGCAAAGACAAAAUGAGCUUCUUUAUGGAGAGGCGGCAUGGCUUGUGGAUUAUUUUGAGACGCAUGCUUGUGAAGAUCCUUCGUUCUUCUAUUCCUUGCAACUGGAUACUGAGCAAAUGAUUACGAACAUAUUCUGGUCAGAUUGUAGAAUGAUAAUUGAUUGUGGCCAUUUUGGAGAUGUUAUCAGUUUCGACAUAACAUAUAAAGUGGUACACAGUAACAGACCAUUUGCAAUUUUCUGGGGUAUGAAUCAUCACUGGGAGACCGCUGUGUUUGGAGCAGCCAUAAUGUAUGAUGAGACAGCGGAUUCAUUUGUUUGGCUAUUUGAAACGUUCUUGAAAGCGAUGAGCGGAAAAGUUCCAAAGACGAUUAUUACGGAUCAAGAUGCUACAAUGGCGAAGGCAUUAAAGUAG